AUGUUUGGCUUGGAGCCCGCUACCUUGUACACCAAGGAGGCCGGAGGACUCUCGCAGGCUGGGGACUGCAAACCCCUUUCAUCCCCACAGCAGCCUGGGCUACCCCAGCAGGCCCUGGGGACAUCCCUAUUCAGUGAGGAGCAGGAGCAGGAGGGCACAGGAGAGUGAAGCAACGGUCAGACUAGCAGCAGCCCGGGGAGGGACCCAGCCCGAGCUUGCCCCCCGCAGAGAGGGCCGACAGCCAAGGGCGCCGCGCGCUCAGUCACCGGCGCGCGCUGGGCCAGCCCCGGGCAGGGACACGAGGCCGGAGAGCGGCCGCAGCGCCGCGGGCUACGCACCCAGCAGGAGACCGUCCAUGUCAAAGAUCAGGUGUCACCCUACAAGUAUGCUGUGACGGGCUGGACCUCCCCAUCCAGGAUGCCACUUGAUGUGCUGGGGUCCCACUGAGCCUGUCCAUUCCACCAGCCUGGGCUUCCUCACCCUGACCUUGCUGUGGCAGGCCCCCAAGCCUUCUCUAGCACACACACAUUAAUGGGAGUGGACUUUCCACCCAUAUAGUGGUGAUAAGUGCAUGCAGCCAGCUUGUUUGAAAUCUGGAGGCAGAAAGUGAAACAGCCUGACGUGAGGAGGAAGAUGAGGAUCCUUGUACUUCUACUAUUUUAUCACUAUGCCACAAAGAAUGCCAAAAGUUACAAAACUUCAAAUCCCAACUUUAUUUUAAUCAUGGCUGAUGACCUUGGCAUUGGAGAUCUUGGAUGUUAUGGAAACAAAACGUUAAGAACCCGCAAUAUUGACAAGCUAGCUAAAGGAGGAGUGACAUUUACUCAACAUAUAGCAGCAUCUCCACUGUGUACCCCAAGCAGAGCAGCUUUUCUGACAGGCCGAUACCCUGUCAGAUCAGGAAUGGCUGCAUUGUCAAACAUUGGUGUCUUCUUAUUUUCUGCCUCUUCUGGUGGACUUCCCACUGAAGAAAUAACUUUUGCAAAACUUUUGAAGCAGAAAGGUUAUUCUACAGCUCUUAUAGGAAAGUGGCAUCUUGGGCUGAACUGUAACAGCAGGGAUGACUUCUGUCAUCACCCCCUCAAUCAUGGAUUUGAUUACUUCUAUGGACUCACCAUGACCAGUCUUAGAGACUGCAAACCAGGGGAAGGCAGCGUGUUUGUGGCAGGUGUUCGAGCAUACCUUGCCACUCCACUUCAGCUCAUCGGUAUUACCCUAAUCUCUUUGGAGGUGCUGCAUUAUAUUGGCCUCCUCAGAAUACCCCGUGGAGCACUGCGCUUCUUUUUUUUAAUAUGUACAGUUUUAUUUGGACUUUUGCUCAUUUUCUUUUAUACUUUUCGAUAUCUAAACUGCUUCUUGAUGAGGAACGACCAGAUUAUCCAGCAGCCACUGUCCUAUAAGAACCUUACUCAAAGAUUGACGGAAGAAGCAGUACAGUUUAUAGGAAGGAAUGCUGAUAUACCAUUUCUUCUUUUCCUGUCCUACCUUCAAGUCCACACUGCUCUAUAUGCAUCAAAGGAUUUCAAAGGAAAGAGCAAACAUGGUUUAUAUGGGGAUGCUGUAGAGGAAAUGGACUGGAGUGUAGGAAAGAUUCUGGAUGUGCUAGAGAAAUGGAAUUUGAAUGAUAAGACUCUUGUAUACUUCACAUCUGACCAGGGGGCACAUGUUGAAGAAGUCUCUAGCACUGGAGAAGUCCAUGGGGGAUAUAAUGGAAUUUAUAAAGGUGGAAAGGCUACAAACUGGGAAGGAGGUAUUCGUGUGCCAGGUCUUCUUCGCUGGCCAGGAGUGGUACAGGCGGGUGUCCAUAUUGAUGAGCCUACAAGUAACAUGGAUAUAUUCCCUACAGUUGUUAAACUUGCAGGGAUACCAUUACCCAAAGACAGAAUUAUUGAUGGACAUGAUCUGAUGCCCUUGCUUCAAUGGAAAAUUCUCCGAUCCGAGCAUGAAUUUCUCUUCCAUUACUGUAAUGCAUAUUUAAAUGCAGUGCGCUGGCAUCCAGGAAACAGUGAAUCUAUUUGGAAAGCUUUUUUCUUCACUCCAAACUUUGAUCCAGAAGGCUCCAAUGGUUGCUAUAAUUCCCAUGUGUGCUAUUGCUAUGGAAGGCUUGUCACACACCAUAACCCACCGUUACUCUUUGAUCUCUCCAGAGACCCCGGAGAGAAGAAUCCACUAACACCAGAGACUGAACAUCAUUUCUAUGAAAUCCUUGAUGUCAUUCAACAAGCAGUAAACAACCAUACAAAAUCAUUGCACAUAGUCUCCAACCAGUUAUCAUGGGGGAAUAUCCUUUGGAAGCCCUGGCUUCAGUUAUGUUGCUCAUCCAUCUUUCUGUCUUGUUACUGUGACCAUGAAUCAGAGGAAAAACUAAGCUUGCCUACGGCAUGACACCGUUGAAACACACACACACAUGCUUUUUGGAUAACAAAUCUGCAAUUUUACCUACAAUAAUUGGAACAAGCGGUAUUGGUAGGUUGUUUUGCUUGAACCACUACAACACCUAACCUUUACAAUCCCACUGGGGCUCCUAGGACUCUAUCAUAGGUGUAUAGUAUCUGCUGGAAUGAAUCCCAAAUCCUACUAUAUAGGGUAAACCAUCUUUUAAAUACACCAUUGCCAAAUAUUUUGAGGGGAGGGAAAACCAAUCCUGGGCCCUCCAUUCCGGAGGAAAGAGUGGCAUAAUCCUUUCUCAUGCAAUGUUUGUAUGAAGCAGGAGCGCCUGCCAUAUUCGCAGAUGGUCAUGCUGUAGUCACUCUACAGAGAGUACUAUUUCUUAAGACCUCUAACUCCAGCUGUGUUCACAAGCUUUGAAGGUAUGAAACUACAGCUUCCAGCUGCAACUGUCACACAUCGCUCCUGCCCCCACUGGUAACUAUCAUCUACUGUUACGAGAGUAUUGCAGGAAGGAAAAAAUGCAAAAAAGAUACCACCGUGAUGAGGACCAUAGAACUACCUAGCUAGAUGGACAAACAGACACAGAAAUGGACAGAUAAAGAAAGGAUUUGUAGCUGCAUUCUUGACAGGCAAUCAGUGCUGCUAUAAAACAAAAAAUAGAUGACUGACUGUAUAAUACAACUUAUAGAUGACUACACAGUAACAGCUGCCCAUAUUUAACAGGACUAACAGAUGAUGUCAUUUGCAUUCCCCAGUUUCUGGGAGGGCAGAUGGGCAUACUGAGCUGCUGACAAGCGGGAAGGCAGAAAAGCAGGAAAAGGAGUGUGUCGUAUUAAGCCUUUUGCAGCCACUAAUCAUGUGGAGAGGUCCAACUUGGCCCAGUCAACUGGAUCCAUCCUUCUUCGCCAACAAGGUCCAUAACAACAAACAUCCCAAAACAGGGUCCAAACACCGAAUGGCCAGUUCUGCCCAAUCCAUAUGUCCAAACUCCAAACACAGGCCAUGCUAUGAGGGUCUCUCUCUCUCUCAGUGGCUACUGUGCAAACCAGCUGUUUCACUGAUGGCAGAGAACUGUAUUUUUUUUUAAAAAGUCUUGCUUCAAAUGUUUGAAAUUAUUACUUUGAAACCCCCCUACAAGGUCUGCUGUUUUCUGAGAAGUCUAUACAAAGUAAAUCAGAUUUACCCAAGGCUGAAUGUGUAUACUCUGUAUUUUUAAUAAGGCCUGGGCAAAUCUUUAGCACUUAUGGGCUAAUUUCAGUACCAGAGUUUACUCUGUAUCUUGUUCACUCACAUUUUCUUUUCAUUCUGCAGCAAAGCAAAUUAUUAUUAUUAUUUUUGGCAGAUAUUAUGAACAGGAAAACAUAUCAGCAAUAUAAACUAAAAUUAUGUGAUGCCUAAUAAUAUGAUACUUUCACCUUGUCACAGAAACAUAGUGAAUUCCUGUCCAUCCAACAACAUAAUGCAUUAAGUCAGGCGUCGGCAACCUUCGGCACGUGGCUCAUCAGAGUAAUCCACUGAUGGGUCGCAAGACAUUUUGUUUAC